AUGGGCUUCGCAGCUACUGGAGACGCCUUCUGCCUGCGAGGUGAUAUGGCCCUUCAAGGUGUCCAAAACUGUGUUAAGGUCAUAGACGACCUUCUCCUCCACGACGAAGACUACGCUACACACCUUCAUCGUAUCCACGAAGUGCUCACCGGUGCCGCAACUUUACGUCCCCUGAUUAGUCCCAAGAGAACAUUUGUUUGGACCCCCGACCAUGAUGAAGCAUUUCAACGUGUCAAAGUUAGCUCUCACCAGUCCACCAGUUCUCGCCCAUCUUUGACCCAGACCUACCUGUUGUUCUUCAGACGGACGCUUCACGCCUCCACGGCAUUGGAUAUGCCUUCCUGCAGGACCUAUGGUAAUGGACACCUGCGUCUAGUUCAGUGUGGUUCUCGGUUUCUCGCUGACGCAGAGACACGAUAUGCCACCAUUGAGCUUGAGAUGCUAGCCGUUGUCUGGGCAAUGUCGAAAUGUAGGCUAUAUUUAGCAGGCCUACAGAAUUUUACUCUAAUGACGGAUCACCGGCCCCUCAUACCUAUUCUGAACAGUUAUACGCUGGAUGCCAUCGAGAACUCUCGUCUCCAGCGCCUCAAGGAGAAAAUCUCGCCCUACAUCUUUACAGCUGUGUGGCGUGCGGAUGAGUCUCCAGCUCAGGAUCCCAACAGGAUACUUCAGGAUCUUUGUGACGCAGUGAAAGCAGAUCCUGCGUAUACUCAUCUACUCGAUUGUGUCACAUCAGGAUUUCCUCGCAACAGAUAUGACCUUCACAAUUCCUUACUUCCUUAUUGGAAACUACGUGAAGAUCUCUACGCCGAUGGUGACCUUGUCCUGUAUGGAGCAAGGGUUGUAGUUCCUGCUGCUCUCCGUCGUCGCACCUUGCCCCACCUGCAAAACAGUCACAGAGGUGUGGAAGCAACCAAGCGCAGAGCAAGGCAGUCAGUUUUGUGGCCUGGCAUUGACUCUGAUAUUGCCAACACAGUCAGAGCUUGUGAGGCAUGUCAGACAUUGCAAAGCCAUCUCAGCCGCAGGAACCUCUAA